CUGAAGCUGACAUAAUUUCCGGCUUGCUAUCAUGCUCUGGCCUCACGUGCGAUGAGCCAAGAUCCAACCGACGCAGAAACUGAACCAAAAGGGAGGAGUCGGAGCCGAGCGGUUCCCACAUGUGCAGUUGUUUUCAAGGUCCGCAUGUUCGUCUGGAUCCAGUCCAAUAAUAUCGAAUGUGCACCGUCUCUCCCUCCUCUCCUUCCCUCCUUUCCCCUAGCUUCUGCUGCUGUUCAAGAAUGGGGAUUGUUUCGCUCAACCAUCUUCCCACCAGAACCACUUUCCCACCGUUUGUCUCUUCGUUCGCUUUAUACCCUCCUAAAACCCUGGUAACCCCUGUCACCCACCAUCCAGACAGCCACCACAAGUGCAAGAGGAAGAAGAAGAAGAAGCUCUCCGUCAAUGCAGUUCUACAGUGGAACCGUAGGCCGCAGUACGCUGGGGAGCCACCUCGGGUGGUGGUCGUGACAUCCGGAAAGGGCGGUGUUGGCAAGACCACUACCACCGCCAACCUCUCCCUCUCCCUCGCUCGCCUGCAAUUCAACGUGGUAGCCAUCGACGCGGACGUUGGACUCCGGAACCUCGACCUCCUGCUGGGCCUGGAGAACAGGGUGAACUACACGGCCGUCGACGUGCUGCAGGGAGAGUGCCGGCUCGAUCAGGCCCUCAUCUCCGACAAGCGAUGGUCCAACUUCCACCUCCUCUGCAUCAGCAAACCUCGCUUCAAGAUCCCCAUAACAUUCGGCGCUAAGGCCCUCGUCUGGCUCGUCGAUGCCCUCAAGUCCCGCCCUGAAGGCUGCCCUGACUUCGUCCUCAUCGAUUGCCCGGCCGGAAUCGACGCCGGCUUUAUCACCGCCAUCUCCCCAGCCAACGAGGCCAUCCUCGUGACCACGCCGGACAUCACCAGCCUCCGCGACGCGGACCGCGUCACCGGCCUGCUCGAGUGCGACGGAAUCAAGGACAUCAAGAUGAUUGUGAACAGGGUGAGGACGGAUAUGAUCAAGGGGGAGGAUAUGAUGUCGGUUUUGGAUGUGCAAGAGAUGCUGGGAUUGGGCUUGUUGGGCGUCAUCCCUGAGGAUGCUGAGGUGAUUCGAAGCACCAACAGAGGCUACCCUCUAGUCCUUAACAACCCCCCGACAUUGGCGGGGCUGGCGUUCGAGCAGACGGCAUGGCGAUUGGUGGAGCAGGACAGUAUGCAGGCUGUCAUGGUGGAAGAAGAGCCCAAAAAAAGAGGUGGAUUCUUCUCCUUUUUCGGUGGCUGAAAAGAAAAGAGUCGGUUCAAUGAAGUGUUCUUUCUUGCUUUUCAUCUUCGUCAUUGGGUUUCGGUAAUUGAAUUGAAGAAGGUUCAAGAGCAAUGUGGAUGUGAGUAACCGUUAUGCAUAUGUGAAAAGUUCAAAACGGUUGCUAGAGUAAAUCACCCUUGUUUACUUGGAGUUCGGUUGCUUGUCUUCCGUAGUUGUUUCUGUUAAUGUUUAGUUUAGCCAAGUGGAUCGAAAUGUGUUCAACUUGUCCCUCCCAAAAGUCAGCUGUUUUAACUUGUGGGAAUUUUUUAUCACUGUGGGUUUUGUUUGGCCAAUUGUAUAUCUUUAAAGGAAUGAUUUGCAUGAAUUAUGGAAAACCACUGAUUCUAUUUUUUA